AUGCGUCGCGACUUAUCAGCGGCAUACACGCGAGCCUUACAGUUUUCUUUUCUUCUUUUUUUUUUGUUUUUCUGCCCGCAAGCCCUCAGAACGCUCGCAGCGAUUUUAACUGCUCUUCGUCCUCGCUACCACAAUCAUCCAUGCUCUACGUUGCUUUCUUCGUCAUUCGAAAUUAAUUUCGUCGAUAAGGUCCUCAAACGUCGGAAAUUCAUAACUGAGAAAAGUGGUAGUCAUGGCAAAGAAUCGGCUGAUGGUGAUAGUGAACGGGUAUACGAUGAAGAAGUGGAUGAUAGAAUACUGAAUUUGGAUGUAGCGAAAACAGUAGUGGAACAAGCAUUGGCUGCUGUACCCGCCACUGAAGCUUCAGGUUGGUCUGCUUACGUUUUACAAAUCCUCGUUUUCCGUAAGUAA